AUGCCUUUUCUGGCGACUCCCCAAAACUUACAGCAAGCUACGGACGGUGAAGUGCCAAUACCCACCACCAUGUCCUCGUCCAACAAGCUCAAGGACUUUGAGGCCGUCUUCCCCAAGCUCCUCAAGGACCUCGAGGAGAAUGCCAAACAAUACAACAUUCCAGAAGAGGCCUUAAGAUGGUACUCAGACUCACUCUACCACAAUACCGUAGGCGGGAAAUGCAACCGCGGCCUCUCCGUCCCAGACUCCACCUCCCUCCUCCUCUCCCGCCCCCUCGAAGAAACCGAAUACUUCCUCACCGCAACCCUCGGUUGGCUCACCGAGCUCCUACAAGCCUUCUUCCUCGUCUCGGACGACAUAAUGGACUCCUCCAUAACGCGCCGGGGCCAACCAUGCUGGUACCGUAAGCCAGGCGUGGGUAUGAUUGCUAUAAAUGACGCCUUCAUGCUCGAGAUGUCAAUAUACGUACUGCUCAAGAAACAUUUCCGGAGCCAUCCAAGUUAUGUGGAUAUCGUUGAACUCUUCCACACCACCACCUUCCAAACGGAGGUCGGCCAGCUCUGCGACCUGCUCACCGCGCCGGAAGACCACGUCGAUCUCAACAACUUCACGCCCGAAAAACACCGCUUCAUCGUCAUCUACAAAACAGCCUACUACUCCUUCUACCUCCCCGUCGCCCUCGCCUUGCACUACCUCGAGCUCGCCACCCCGGAAAACCUGAAGCGGUGCGAAGACAUACUCAUCCCGCUCGGCGAAUACUUCCAAAUCCAAGACGACUACCUCGACGCCUACGGCUCUCCGGAGGCAAUUGGCAAAAUCGGGACGGAUAUCCAAGACAACAAGUGCAGCUGGAUCAUCAACCAGGCGCUGAAGAGGGCGAGUCCGGAGCAGAGGAAGGUGCUGGAUGAGUGCUACGGGCGCAAGGAUGCCAGGAAGGAGAGGAGGGUCAAGGAGGUGUUCGAGGACUUGAACUUGGAGCAGGUCUAUUUGGAUUACGAGCAAGAUGUUGUGGGGAGGAUUAGGAAGAUGAUCGAGGGGGUCGAUGAGAGUAGCGGAUUGAAGAGGAGUGUAUUCGAAGGGUUUUUGGGGAAGAUUUAUGGGAGGAAGAAGUAA